AUGUCUAGUGAAUUAAUCUUUAUCACCGGAGCCAGUGGCUUUAUUGGGAGUGCCACUGCAGUGGCUGCUCUGGAAGCGGGGUAUCGACUGCGAAUUUGUCUUCGCAAGCCAUCUGAGCAAUUGGAAACGCUGCUGUCAGAGUAUAGUGCCCAAGUUGAAUUUAUUAUCAUUCCAGACCUCACUGAUGAGACGGCAUUCGACGACAAGUUGAACGGCGUGGACUAUGUCCUUCAUCUUGCAUCCCCUCUUCCUCAUGGGACCGACAAGCAGGCAUACUUUCCCCCGGCUGUGAAAGGGACCACUGCCGUGCUGAAAGCAGCAGCUAAGGUGCCAACCAUCAAAAAAGUCGUGGUUACCUCGUCCGUCGCGGCCUUGAUUCCAUUGGCUGGCGUUCCUACUGGUGGAGUGGUGAAAGGUACCUUAUAUCUUGCUUUUAAUCUCGGAGUAAGAAUUGCAUUGACAGAUCUCCUAGAGGACAACGAUUGGGACUUUUCGGUUGAUGAGAAUGCCAAUUUCGAGGACCCUGAAACCCCGGCUAUAACACCAAUGCGACUGUAUCACGCCUCCAAACUCCUUGCAGACAACGCAACUCGGGAGUUCCGGGCAACGGCCAAACCACAGUAUGCCUUGGUGACAUUGCAUCCUGCAUUUGUGUACGGGCGCAAUCUUGUUCAGAGUUCUGCCGACGGCGUCCACGCGGGGUCUAACGGUGGUCUGUGGAAUAUCAUUAUGAAGGCCGAUCCCACUAGAAGUAUAGUAGGAGUACAUAUUCAAGAUGUGGCCGAAGCGCACAUCAAGGCACUCGAUCCGAAGAUCGUGGACGGCUCGAGAUAUCUCUUGGUCGGGCCGAAGACGACAGGCCCUGAGAUUGCACGCAUUGUGCACAGACUCUAUCCGGAUUCUGGGGCAUUGAUCUCUGAGGAUUUCCAAGGUGUCUCGUUCCCAGUUGAUGUGACUAAAGCGGAGACAGAACUUGGGAUUCAAUGGCGCUCAUUCGAGUCCAUGGUGCGGGAUUUGAUGGACCAGCAGCUCGGGUUUGUGUAA